UCCCCUUCGACCUGGUGGGAGGAAGACGAUCCAAGGAUGGAUCGAGUAUAUAAGAACGCUUGAUUCGACCUGGAUCUGUACAGAGCAAUUAUCGCCAUCGUUUCGCGAUACAUCAUCUCUCGUCGUCUAGUGUUCAAAAACGUUGCUCCUGCAGGACUCGAUUUCGCGAGAACCCUAAAGGAUUAGCGAGGAUCCAACUGGCAGCGACAUGAGACCGCUUGCCGUGACGUUGCUUGCCUUAGCAAGUGCGUGUUACGCAGCACGUUUGGAGAACACGUAUCUUCCACCUGGUAGUGCAGGAACUGCAGGUGGAGCAGGAUUUAUCCAGGCGCCAAACAGGGGUGGUGGUGGUCCUGGUAGACCAGGUGGUUUUCCUGGCGGAGGUGGUGGUGGUGGUGGAGGUGGUGGUAGUUAUCCUGGAGGUGGUGGUGGAGGUGGUGGAGUCAGACCAGGUGGUGGUCGAGGAGGUGGCGGAGGAGGACCUGGAGGUGGUGCAGAUAUACCGAUCAUCUCGUUCAAUAACGAAAACAGCGGGGAUGGUAAUUAUCAGUUCAGCUAUGAAACAGGAAAUGGUAUUAGUGCACAGGAAACGGGUCAGUUGCAAGGAGAAUCUGAAGCGGUGAGUGGCUCGUUCUCUUACACUGGGCCUGAUGGUGUUCAAUAUUCGAUCACUUACACUGCCGACGAAGAAGGCUUUCAUCCACAAGGUGCUCAUCUUCCAACACCUCCUCCUAUCCCACCGGAAAUUCAACGAGGUGUUGAACUUUCUCUUGCUGCUGAAGCAAGAGGAGAAAAUCAAGAUGGUGGUGCUGGUGGAGGUGGAGGUGGAUACCAAGGAGGUGGUGGCUACAAUGGUGGAGGCCGUGGAGGAGGAGGAGGAGGAGGAGGUGGUAAUCGUGGAGGCUCCUAUCAAGGUCCGAAUUCUUAUCAAACGAGCUCAGGUGGUGGUGGUGGGUAUCAGUACUGAACAUUACAUUCGUGAAAAUGAUAACGACGAAGUGAUGUCCGCUAGUAAACUCGUUUUAUUGCAACGAUUGCAUUUUUAAGCAGAUUUAUGUAUAUAACAAUUUAUCGUUCAUGGUAGUAGACAUACAAUCCUUAAUUUUUUUUUUUUUUUUUUUUAUUUAUACAGAGGAUUCUCUCUAUUUUUCUAUAACAUUUUUAGUAUUAUACGAUGGCUUCACUCAAAAACUAUAGUGAAUCAAAUACACUAUAUAGUUUGUAUUUCUUUUUUAUUUUAA